UCGCCGUGCGUCGCAGGGCAAGUAAACAUUUCCGCUGUGUCGCCAUGGACUCAAACAAGGACGAAGCGGAGCGGUGCAUUAAAAUAGCCCUAAAUGCGAUCAGCAACAACCAGUCGGACAAAGCCAGAAAGUUUUUGGAGAAGGCGCAGCGCCUGUUUCCGACAGACAAGGCCAAAAACCUGUUGGAGUCGUUAGCGCAAAAUGGAAAGCCUCCAGAUGAGAAUGGCCGACCAGAGAACGAAGAUGGACCCAGUUUGAGGCACCGUGGUAAUAGAGAUGGAGCCGAUGUGUCACAGGGGCCCACGGAGUCUGCUAAAUCUUACACACCGGAGCAACUGGAAGCUGUCAGAAAGAUAAAGAGCUGCAAAGAUUACUACCAGAUUCUGGGAGUAGAAAAGACCGCUUCUGAGGAGGAUCUUAAAAAGGCUUACAGGAAACUGGCUCUGAAAUUCCAUCCUGAUAAAAAUCACGCUCCUGGAGCCACAGAAGCAUUUAAAGCUAUUGGCAAUGCCUAUGCUGUUCUGAGUAAUGUUGAAAAACGAAGGCAAUAUGACCAGUAUGGAGAGGAGAGAACUCACCCAAGCAGACACAGAGAACAUCGCGACUUUGAAGCAGACAUCUCACCUGAGGACCUCUUCAACAUGUUCUUUGGUGGAGGUUUCCCAACAAGUAAUGUACAUGUUUACAGAAAUGGAAGAAUGCACUUUGCACACCAUAAUAGACAUGAAAGACGAGAGCAACAGAGAGAUGGAGGCCUGGCUCUAUUUGUCCAGCUGCUGCCCAUCUUAAUUCUCAUCAUUGUUUCUGCCCUCAGCCAGUUGAUAGUCACUCAGCCUCCAUACAGCCUUAGCUAUCGUCCGUCAGCUGGACAUAUUCACAAAAGGCAUACAUCCCACCUCAAGGUGCCUUUCUAUGUUGGGGAGCGUUUCAAUGAAGAGUUUUCUGGAAAUGACCUAAAGAAUGUUGAGAGAAAUGUAGAAGAAGACUACAUCUCUAAUCUAAGAAACAACUGCUGGAAGGAGAAGCAGCAGAAGGAAGGCUUGCUGUAUCGUGCUCGUUACUUUGGGGAUUCUGAGUUGUACCAAAGAGCACAGAGAAUGGGGACUCCCAGCUGUUCAAGACUAUCUGAGAUCCAGGUUAUACUGGAUGGCUAAAAACCACAUACACAAACAUGGGUUUGUCAGUACUUGAAUCUAAUGAGAAGAAAUCAGUUGGAGCCCACGCAAAUUGGAGCAUAUUACCGCAGCAAACCAGGAGAAUCCAAAAAGAAAAAAAUGCCUUAUGUGCAGUGGGCACCAGGCCUCAUCAGGGAACCUCUCUUCAGCUUGAUGUAGAUUGACUUCCUGUAGAAUUGUGAGAAGCUUUGAGACGCCAUUAUCUAACUCUAAUGUCUUGACAAUGAUGAGAGUCCGCUGGACGUCACGUUGGAAAUUAAGAACAUCGUGGUCUUUUUGAACGGUAAACAAAGCUGCUGAGAUAAGUCUCCUCUUUCAUGAUCUUGUUUUUCUUAGAUAAACCUCAAGGCCUUCUCAUAGACAGACAGUCUGAGCCACUCAGAAAGUGUAAUUUUUAUAGUUCUUCCCAAUGUAAAUACCCAUUUUACUUUUAACUCUACAGGGGUUACUAGACAUUUAUUAUGAUGUUUUGUGGAUUUGCUUGUAGCCUGUUGAUCAUAAUUAUUAAAGAUUGUUGCACAGAUAAAAGUAAGCAUAUUUAUUAAAUUAACAAGCUAAAAUUGUAUUAAAGUUUCUUUUAAUUAAA